AUGUCCACUUAUUACCCGGUUUUAAACGAACUUUUUAUGUUCCUAAAUACUAGCAUCACACAAGUCUCCAGUUAUGCCUCUCGAAUUCCCGGUUCGUCCAUUCUAUGGAAGUACAUAAAGAACUCGCAUCAAGAUGACCCAUAUCGUUCUCUAUUGGAACUUUUGUUGGCUUGUUUUGUGGUCUGGUAUCUAUUUGCGAAAAAAUAUCGCACGGAUAACUUUAUUGAGUUGACACCACAGGAAGUUGAAGAACUUAUAGAUGAAUGGCAACCUGAACCUUUAGUUAGUUCGCUCAAUGAAAAACAAAAAUGGGAGCUGGAGAAAACCCCUGUUAUUAUUGGUCCCCCGGGUCUAAAACCUAAAUUGGCAAAUGGCAGUACUGUGAUAAACCUCGCCAGUUUUGAUUUCUUGGGUCUUUCAAAUAACGAAAAGAUAAAGGAAAAAGCAAUUGAAACUCUUCGUGGAUAUGGAGUCGGUGCUUGUGGUCCCCCAGGUUUCUACGGAACUUUGGAUGUACACACCGAAUUCGAAAGGAGUGUCUCAAAAUUUCUAGGAGCGGAAGAGUCUAUCUUGUAUUCUCAAGGGUUCUCUACUAUCUCUUCUGCCAUUCCCUCAUUCUGCAAAAGAGGUGAUAUUAUUAUUGUGCAAAAGGGAGUACAGAUUUCUCGAUCGGUUGUUAAAUGGUUUGAUCACAAUGAUAUGAAUGACUUGGAACGUAUACUAAAAGAGAUCAAAGCAGAGGAUAUUGAGACAGGGAGACAAUUGACAAGACGAUUCAUUGUGACGGAGGGAAUCUUUCAGAAUUUUGGUGAUAUUGCUCCAUUACCUGAAUUG